AGGGGGGCAAUACAUAAGGAUAUGCCUACGUUGAUGUCGUGUAGCUGUCAACAUGUAGUCGUGCGACGUAGCAACCAAUCAGUAGAUAAGCGCUCAUUCGGCCGACUGCAAGGAGACACCUCAACCGUGACAGAUAUUCUCUCUCAAAUGACUAAAAGCUAUUCAGAAGUAUAUAUUUCUUCUUCGUAUAGCCAUUAGGAACAGCACUAACUGUAAAGAAGCCAAGCACCGUUUAAACUCGUCCACUUUGUCCAUUACUAGCAGGUUUU